UUUGAACCGCAGUUAACUUAUUUUUAAACUGUGACACUCUUCCGGUUGGUUCGGGUACGCGGGAAUUUUGGAGUGCCAGAGUACACUGGUUUCUCUCACUUGUUGAGGUUUUGUGCUUGAAGAUAGUGAACAUUCAGUCAUGGGAGACAAUAAACCUUUGUGGGAACAGAUAGGCUCUCAGUUCGUGCAGGUAUACUACCAACAUUUCGACAAUGACCGCGCCAAAGUCGGAGACUUCUACUACGAGGAUUGCUUUAUGACAUUCGAAGGAUCCACGUUACGGGGGAAAAACAAUGUAAUGGCCAAGUUAAGUAGUCUGCCAUUCCAGGCCAUUCAACACAUCAUCACAGCACAGGACCACCAACCUACGCCUGACAGCUGUAUCAAGAGUAUGGUGAUGGGGCAGCUUAAGGCAGAUCAGGACCAGGUCAUGGGGUUCCAGCAAGUGUUCCUGCUGAGGAACUUUGACAACAAGUGGCUUUGCACUAACGAAAUGUUUAGGUUAUCCUUACAUAAUUUUGCAUAAUUCAGAUGUGAAUAAAGUUUUCAUUAAAGAGCACUAGAUCUGGAUUUUAUUUUCUGGUAUUUUAAAGACAUAGUUGGAAAUAUGUCGUGCAGUCUUGACUAUAUAAUUAAACUCAGUUGCCAAAUGACACCUGAAUUAUGUUAUGUACAAGAUUGAUGUUUUUGUUCCUGCAUAAUGGCUCAUUAAAGGCUAUGUUUUUUACACAUUAA